AUGUCUGGCAACAAGACGACCCUCACUGGCCGCGACCUCGAGCUCGCCGGACUUGUCUGGCAGUGCUUCGAUACCGAGCCCAAGAUCAACUAUGCAAAGCUUGCAGAACUUGCCGGCUUCAAGAACAGCGCUACAGCAUCCGCCUGCUGGGGCCCUGUCAAGAAGAAGCUGAUGGCUGCUGCCGACAAUGGUGAAGGCCCUGCCACCACCCCCAAGUCGGCCAAGCGCAAGGCGACCACCAAAGCAGACGACGGCACUCCGAUCAAGAAGGCUCGUACCCCAAAGGCCAAGGCCAAGGCCACCGUCGAUACCACCCCUGCCGAAGACGAGCCAGUCAAGGAUGAAGAAGAUGUUGACGCCAUCGAUGCUGAGGCCUAG